GAAACACACUGUCACACACACACGCUUCCUCAGGGAGGCUGGUGAACCAGCUCCGGGCCGGAGCAGAGCGCACUUCCAGGCUUCGCGGCGCCGCAGCCCACCGAGACAGUGGAACAGUGGAGCUCUCUGCGCCGCACUGCUUCGACAUGGGAGACAUGGGGGACCCACCGAAAAAGAAGAGGCUUGUGUCUCUCUGUGUGGGCUGUGGGAACCAGAUCCAUGACCAGUACAUCCUGCGGGUCUCCCCGGACCUGGAGUGGCACGCGGCGUGUCUCAAGUGCGCGGAGUGCAGUCAGUACCUGGACGAGUCGUGCACGUGCUUCGUCCGGGACGGAAAGACUUAUUGCAAACGGGACUACAUCAGGUUAUACGGGAUUAAAUGCGCUAAAUGCAAUAUCGGCUUCAGCAAGAACGACUUCGUGAUGCGGGCUCGCUCCAAGGUCUACCACAUCGAGUGUUUCCGCUGCGUGGCGUGCAGCCGCCAGCUCAUCCCGGGGGACGAGUUCGCGCUGCGGGAGGACGGUCUGUUCUGCCGGGCGGACCACGACGUGGUGGAGCGGGCCAGCCUGGGCAGCGGAGACCCGCUGAGCCCGCUGCACCCGGCCCGGCCGCUGCAGAUGGCAGCAGAGCCGAUCUCCGCGCGCCAGCCCGCGCUGCGCCCUCACGUGCACAAACAACCCGAGAAGACGACGCGCGUGCGGACGGUGCUGAACGAGAAGCAGCUGCACACCCUGCGGACCUGCUACAACGCCAACCCGCGGCCCGACGCGCUCAUGAAGGAGCAGCUGGUGGAGAUGACGGGCCUGAGCCCGCGCGUCAUCCGGGUCUGGUUCCAGAACAAGCGCUGCAAGGACAAGAAGAAGUCCAUCCUGAUGAAGCAGCUGCAGCAGCAGCAGCCCAACGACAAGACGAACAUCCAGGGACUGACGGGGACCCCGAUGGUCGCGGCCAGUCCGGAGCGGCACGACGGGGGCAUCCAGGCCAACCCGGUGGAGGUGCAGAGCUACCAGCCCCCCUGGAAGGUCCUCAGCGACUUCGCCCUCCAGAGCGACAUCGACCAACCCGCCUUCCAGCAACUGGUCAGUUUCUCAGAGGGAGGACCGGGGUCCAACUCCACUGGCAGCGAGGUAGCGUCCAUGUCCUCUCAGCUUCCUGACACACCGAACAGCAUGGUGUCCAGCCCCAUCGAGGCCUGAGCAGCCCCCCCACGCACGGACAGACUGAAAUGAACGAUCAUCCCAUUCCUCCCGACAGCACCAAGCAACCCCACUGGUUGUGUUUUGACACUGUGAAGACAAUCAUGGGAUUUACCACAGCCACCCACUCUACGGUCAACCCAGACAGACGGGCGCCUCAUAUUGAGCGGUGCAUCCCAUCUGCACGCUGGUUACAGUUGCCAAAAAGAGAGGACACGAGCUUGCUUCAUCAAUAACGGGAUCUCUUUAUGAGCAGAGUUUAAAUCAAGAACUCAGCUCUGAAUAGAAGACGAGGGUGAUUUUUUCCUCGUCGUUGAAGCUUCUGGACUACUGGGAGAAGAGCGGCACUGGUUUUCUUUCUGUAAUUAUUUUCCUUCAAGCUCUAAGGCAUUUGCAACAAGGUAUACCUCUAUUUUGCCACAAGCUUCGUGGGAUAUUUGUGAGUUAGUGUCCGUCCAGAAAUUGGCUUUUUUUUUUCUUUCUUUCCCAAAGACCUGUAAGUUAGAUCUUUGAUUGAAAAUGUAUUAUUUGUUUCCGUGCAACAGAAUUAUUUAUUAUUUAUUGCCGAUCAAUUUGCCACCUUUCGUGUAACUUUCGUAACUGAAGUAAAACAAUGAUAAUUAUAAUAAAAGUAGACUGCGGUUUGGUCUGUAAAAUAUUGGUUCACAGUUUAGUUUGAAAUGUUUUUUUUAAUAAUUUAAUUUUUAAACGAGCCAGGAUCAUCCGAGAUGAGAAGCAGAAGAAAGUUUUGUACAGAUUGAUUUUUGUAAAACCUGCUGAGAUAGACUGCUUUGGAGCAAACUUUUAAAAAAAGGAUCAUCUCCAUGCGUCUGACUGAGUUUUUUGAACAACACGUCACGUCUUUAAAGUCCAUUUGGACCUGCGGCCUGUCCAAGGUGGACUCUCCCUCGCUGACUGGACCGGUUCCAGCCUCGACCCUGAACAAGUCAAAACGGA